UUGGUGCUAUUCGAAAUGAAGUCUUACGUGCUUCUCUUGGCCCUGUUGCAGUCUCUGGGAUGCUCAGGCGUCCCACUGCAAAACUCCGAGUUGGAGUCUAUGGCAGAAAGAGGGCUUGGAGCAGCUCUGGCAGAGGUCAACUCUGUGUAUGCUGUCAGCCAACUUUACCGGGUGACUCAAGGCUCCAUCACAAGGAUUAUUCCCAUAGGCCUGAACACCGUUGACAUGAUGAUGAAAUUUGGCAUUAAAGAGACCGAGUGUGCGAAGGGAUCCAGGAGCGACCCGCAGACAUGUGCCUUCAGACCCGGCUUCUUUGUGCCCUCCUUGUCCUGCUCCAGUCGGGUGAGAAUGUCCGCCACCACAGCCCUGGUGGUCUCUCUCAGAUGUGGCCGUGACGGCAGUUCUAGCUCAGAGUCCAGUGAGGAGAUGACCUCAAGAGGAAGAUACCAGAUCAAUUUCCCAUUGGUAAACAGAGUCCCGGCUCCUUCUGUACCUUCUCCAGCCGCCCAGCCUGGUCGCUCCCUCCACGGCCAGCCAGUGGACGUGCGGCCCAGAGGAGACAAUUUCAACAACUUCCUGGUGUGAUGGUUCAGCUCUUGAGACAUAUUGGUGUUGAUCAGCAAAAAAAAAACUUGAAUUA